GUGUGGAGAUGUUCUGAGACUGAGCCUAGUUCAGGACACCUGCGUACCAGGGUAUGCCACAGCUUGAGCACUGUUGUCACUGUCAUCUGUGUGUCCCAGAUCUCUCUGACAUAACCGAUCGUGUGCAACAGCUGGGGAAGGACUUGAAGGCCUUGAAAUGCCAUCUGGCCAACCUCAAGAACAACAGCUCAGAAGAGGCCUGCUGCCCUCCUCACUGGACUGAGCAUGAAGGCAGCUGCUACUGGUUCUCUCAGUCUCAGAAGUCAUGGCCUGAAGCUGACAAGUACUGCAGGCUGGAGAAUUCUCACCUGGUGGUUGUCAACUCCCUGGAGGAGCAGAAGUUUCUGCAGAAUCGUUUAGCCAGUGAGAUCAGUUGGAUCGGCCUAACAGACCAAAAUGGGCCCUGGCGAUGGGUGGAUGGGACCGACUUUGAGAAAGGCUUUAAGAACUGGGCCCCAGAGCAGCCGGAUAACUGGUAUGGACACGGACUGGGAGGGGGUGAAGACUGUGUCCACUUCACCUCAGAUGGCUGCUGGAACGAUAAUGUCUGUCAGAGGCCUUAUCUCUGGAUCUGCGAGAUAACGCUGGCCAAGGAUAACUAGGGCUCUCUCCAAGGAAUUUAUUUCUUCAGUGGUUUCAGAUGAUCAGGCCUGGAGUUUGGAAUGCUCCUACCUGGUCUCAACAUUAUUCGGGAUUUUCUUUUUUGUCAAGAAUUUUAAGACAAAGAGAAGGGAUUGUGUUUGAUCUGGGUAGUGUGGUGUUUGGGAGAAUGAGGUUGUUGAAAUCUAUGAUAUUUUGUACAGUGUGAAGCUUAUUGUAGGCAACUUUUGAAUGUAACAAAAAUUAAAUACUUGUUGUUGA